CCUGGUUGUGAGUGUGCCAUUCGAUGUACUCUGUAUCCUUCUGUUCCUUUUCAAGAGCUAUACAUGAUUACUCUAUCUUCUUGUUGCAUCAUUCAUGCUGUCAUCACUUCUCCGCUCUUUCCCCCGGCGGCUUGGACGAACAUGGAAGCCCCUUGACUUCUCCAAUCCGAGCUAUGCGCGAAUACCAGUAACUCAGAAAAUUGAAGAAGAGACUAUGCCAGGUUAUGUUGCGUCUCGGUAUUAUCCUGCCCGAAUAGGGGAAGUUAUCAAAAGCCAGUAUCAGAUUGUAGGCAAAUUGGGGUUUGGAGCUAGCUCGACUGUAUGGCUUGCGCGUGAUCUGGACUACCGUCGCUAUGUUACUCUCAAGAUCUUUAUCACGUCUACAUCUAUGGGACAGCAAUUGGAUGAUGAGCUCCAGAUGUACCAGCGCAUCGAAAAGGGCUCAACAAGCCAUCCAGGUCGCAGUGCUGUUAGAUCAUUACUUGAUUCAUUUGAUAUUGAUGGGGUCAGCCUCCAAGAUAAACAUCGAUGCUUAGUGCAUCCUCCACUAUGGGAGAGUGUAUUGGCCUUUCUACACCGUAACCCAGUGCGGAGGCUACCUCCACCAGUCCUAGCAUUCAUACUGAAGCGCCUGUUUUUAGCGCUAGACUACCUGCAUACAGAAUGCCAGAUCAUACAUGCGGAUAUCAAAGUUGAUAACAUCAUAUUUGGUAUCGCGGACGAUUCGGUCUUCGAUGACUUUAUAGAAAAUGAACUUCAAACCCCUUGUCCAAGGAAGGAGGUAGACGGAAGAGUCAUCUAUAUUUCCCAGGACCUCAGAAAACCCAGGGAGUGGGGUGCCCUGGUACUAUGUGACUUUGGCUCGGCCAUGCCCGGCGGGAUCGAGCACUUGGAAGAUAUUCAACCUAAUAUCUAUCGAGCGCCGGAGGUGAUACUGGAAGUCCCAUGGACCUGCAGUGUUGAUAUUUGGAACGUGGGAUGCAUGAUUUGGAAUAUCUUUGAGGGCGAGUCCUUAUUUACCGGACACGACCCAGGAUAUCAAGCUUAUCGAAGCCGAGCUCAUCUUGCUGAGAUAAUAAGACUACUUGGUCCUCCCCCACCUAGUCUUCUUGGCCGAGGGAAGCUAAGCCAUAAGUUCUUCUCGAAUGAGGGUGACUUCUGCGCAAAAUCUCUGAUAGGGAAGCCGGUUCCGCUUGAGCAGAGAUCAACCACCCUUGAGGGAGAGGAUAAGGCCGGGUUUUUACGCCUCGUACGGAAAAUGCUGCAGUGGGAACCGGCCAAGCGAAGCUCUGCUAAAGAACUACAACAGGAUGAGUGGAUUCGAAAGACUCUAGGAGAGUAG